GGAAACGGAAGUAGUACAGUGAUGUCAUUCCCCUCGUCCGCCAUUGUCAACGCCCAGUGCCUUUUAUUAGUGAAGCGGACAGUCAUCCAAACGGUGUAGCUGAGGAAAGACAGUAAUAAUGCAGACUAUAAAAUGUGUUGUCGUUGGAGAUGGGGCAGUUGGAAAGACAUGUUUACUUAUUUCCUAUACAACAAAUAAGUUUCCAUCUGAAUAUGUUCCAACAGUAUUUGAUAACUAUGCAGUGACAGUAAUGAUUGGUGGUGAGCCAUAUACAUUGGGAUUAUUUGACACAGCUGGACAAGAAGAUUAUGACAGGUUAAGGCCCUUAAGUUAUCCUCAAACAGAUGUUUUCUUGGUGUGUUUUUCUGUUGUUUCACCAUCAUCUUUUGAAAAUGUAAAAGAAAAAUGGGUACCAGAAAUUACUCAUCAUUGUCAGAAGACACCAUUCUUACUGGUAGGGACACAGAUUGAUCUUCGAGAUGAUGCUGCUACCAUAGAAAAGUUAGCAAAAAAUAAACAGAAGCCAAUAACUAUUGAACAAGGAGAGAAAUUAGCUAAAGAACUAAAAGCAGUGAAAUAUGUUGAAUGUUCUGCAUUGACUCAGAAAGGACUAAAGAAUGUAUUUGAUGAAGCAAUACUUGCUGCUUUGGAGCCACCGGAACAGAAACCCAGACGAAAAUGCAUCCUCCUAUAGACUAUUUAUUCUCAUUCUUCAAUUUUAUUGUGUUUUCUUCAGCCUCUAUUCAGCAUUGAUGUAAAAAAAGAGAAUUAAAAAAAAGACAGGUAUUUACACCUGAUAAUUGUAAUCUGCCUUGUCUGGAAUAAGUUUGUCAUGUCCUUAAAAAUUAUAUUGAAAAAAGGAAAUAUAUAUUACAUUUAUAAAUUUUGUUAUGUCAUCCAUUCCCAAAUUGACAAAUCUUUUGGACAUGGCUUAUUUAAUACAGCUGUACUAAUUAUAAACAAUAAAAACAGAUCCUGUAUAAGUCUGCAGUUAGAGAACUGCAUUAGUAUAUGCCAUUUAUACUAGGAGACAGGAAAUUUUUUCAUGGC